GACCGGUGCGAGUCGAGGAGCGACGUACGUGGCGUCGCUCGGGAUGGAUGAGUUCACCAUAGGGCGCGGUAGGAUGAAUGGAUUCGUCGUGGAGAGCUCGGAGGUUUCGACCGUGCACGCCAAGGUGAGAUGGAACGGCGUGGCGUGGACGAUGCGGGAUCUAGGUUCGCUGAAUGGCACGCGCGUGAACGGAAUGACGAUAUCAGAGUCAGUGCGCACGCCCGGAGGGUGGCGAAAAAUCACGCACGGUGAUGUCAUCAAGCUGGGCGAGCGAGACUCGAGUCCGCGAGUAUCCGUACACUUUUUCAGAGACGUCUCGAUCGAGGCGAACGCGGCGCUGGCGUUACAAGCAGUCGUUCGCGCCGAAGGAUCGAAGCCUAUGAAGUCAGAGGAUCGAAUUCUUGUGGAAUGCCCUCUGCGCGGGAACCCAUCCGUGGGGUUAUUUUGCGUUUUCGACGGGCACGGCGGGCAAGAAGCCGCGGAGCGCGCGAGGCAGCUCUUUCCGGAGGUGCUCGCGCGACGCUUGGGAGGUAAGGUUCCCGGCGGCGAGGGCGCAAGAGAACUUUUGGAGGCAGCUUUCAUAGAAAGCGACGAAACAAUGGCGGUAGAGUACGAAGGGUGCACGGCAAGCGUCGUAUUAGUGUGGAAGAAUGAGAAAACCGGUGGGUUGAUGGUGCAAGCCGCAAACGUGGGUGAUUCGAGUGUUGCCCUCGGUCGAGUGCCCGUACCGAAAGGACAGCACCACGGUGCAAGAUAUCUCACGCCCGAACACAAAGUGCGCCAUGAAGAGGAGAAGAAUCGUCUCAAUGAAGCCGGCGCUGAUUUACCACCUGAGGCUACUCGACUUUACGGCUUGGCGUUAUCUCGCGCUCUCGGCGAUAAAUUCCUAAAGGAUCAAAAGGUCGGCCUCAUCGCGCACCCGUUCGUGAGUGAAGUGCUGCACAUCGAAGGUAAUUCGAACGACAGCGUGCUGACGAUAGCGAGCGACGGGAUAUGGGAUGUUCUCACUCCGAAAGAUGUUUACGACACCAUGCACGAGGCUGACGGUUGCUUACACACGUCGUGUCAAAGUUUAAUCCUCAAUGCGCGCCGCCGAAGAAGCGUCGACGAUAUAAGUAUCGUCACUGUACGCUUGAGUCUCGAAUCUACUUAGGC